UAGUAGAAAAGGAACGAAAAAUCUGAAAAGCUGGAUCGUGGAUACAUCUAAAACCCUAAAAACCCCAAUUGGUUGAAUAAACCGCCACCAAAGCGAACAAUCAAAGAUCUCAUCUCAUUUUCCCCCAGCAGCUAUGAGGAGAGUUACCGGACUCGCUGCGCGCACUAUCUCAUCCUCCGUCGCUGUCCUUCCACGGCUCGGUCAUACCACAGCGAUGAUGACCACGAUUCCUUCUUCCGAGCCUCCGUCCCCGAGAUUUGGUGGUCUACCCACGCCCACUUUUGCCGGCGGAGUCGCUGGGAUUGUUUUCUUUUCCGCCGCCGCCGCAUCGUCCCUUGGUCAAGAAGUCCACGCCAAGGACAUGUCCCAUAAAUUCAACCCUAAAGAGGUGGUUCUGUAUCAGUACGAGGCUUGCCCUUUCUGCAAUAAGGUCAAAGCCUUCUUGGAUUUCAACAAGAUUCCAUACAAGAUUGUUGAAGUGAAUCCCUUGUUUAAGAAAGAAAUUAAAUGGUCUGAUUACAAGAAGGUGCCCAUCCUUACUGUUGAUGGUGAACAAUUAGUUGAUUCGUCAGUGAUAAUCGAUAGCUUAUUCCAAAGGAUGCACCCUGAAAUUUCAAAGUCUGAAGAUGAUGAAGAGAUGAAAUGGCGCAAGUGGGUUGACAAUCACCUUGUGCAUAUUUUGUCACCAAACAUAUACAGGAGUACUUCAGAGGCUCUGGAGUCCUUUGACUACAUCACCACCCAUGGAAAUUUCGGUUUCACGGAAAGAUUAGUGGCAAAGUAUGCAGGAGCAACGGCAAUGUACUUUGUAUCGAAGAAACUGAAGAAGAAAUAUAACAUAACUGAUGAACGUGCAGCUCUUUAUGAUGCUGCUGAGACAUGGGUCGAUGCCCUGAAUGGGCGUCCAUUCCUCGGUGGGUCAAGACCAAACUUAGCCGAUCUCGCUGUAUUUGGUGUUUUGAGGCCUAUAAGGUACCUUAGAUCGGGUAAGGAUAUGGUUGACAACACGCGCAUAGGUGAAUGGUAUUCUCGAAUGGAGAACACGGUCGGAGAGCCUUCUGGGAUCAAAGAGUAAAGGAGUUUGCUUUGCUUUGCUUUGCUUUAUAUCUUUAAUAAGACUAUGAAUUACAUAAUAUUUCGCUGAUUUCAUGGCGUAAUAAUGUCUUCAGUUUUAGAACUAGAGAAAGAAACCAAAGUAAAAAACUUCUCUUCUGAAUGAGGAUUUAAAGUACUGUGACAUGCAUGGUUUUGUCAUUCAUGCUUUUGCUAAAAAGUCGCUUGUUUGAUUCUUUUA